AUGUUCAUCUUUCGCGCUGCAUUCGCUUUUAUCGUCGCUACUGUUGCAGUCGUCAUAGGAUCUCCCGUUAACGUCGAGACAUAUGCUUGCUCGAAGAACCCCGACGCGGGUUUGGCUCCUUGCCCCACUCAACCGGUGUGCCCCGGGGAUGGCCACAUUUUUUUCUACGAGCUGGAUGGGACCAAUGCCUGA